AUGCCUUUCACCGCCUCUGACAUCUGCAAGAUCAUCUUUGCGAUCAUCCUGCCCCCUCUAGGUGUCUUCCUGGAGCGCGGCUGCGGUGCUGAUCUCCUCAUCAACAUCUGUUUGACCAUCCUGGGCUGGAUUCCCGGUAUCAUCCACGCUAUGUACAUUAUCUUUAAAUACUAG